AUGGUAGGCAAGCACCCACGGCCUCGAAUUGUGCCACUUCUCCAAGCAAAUCGGAAGUUCCAAGGAGAAUUCUCACCGGACACAUUUUCAUCAAUAUUUGGAAGGAUUUGCAUUAUGCUCUACCCUGCCGCAUACGACACUUCUUGGGCGCCGCUACUGUCAACUAUCCUAACACUGUAUUCUUGCGCACUAACGGCCGCUCUCUGUCUACGGCAGACUCUGCUCUCUACGGCGCUCGGCUUCCUUGCAAACGUUUAG